AUGUGCCACCGAUUCACAUACAUAUAGCAGGUAGUUAGAUGAGCUCCGCCCCGUGCAGCCCAUUCAUUGGUCGAGGGGAUGGAAGAAACGCGGUUGAGGGCUGCGCCGUAUGUAGGAAGUAUCGAAUCGUAUGAGUUGCUCGCACACACAUAUGGCAAUGUGAUCGCGGAACUCUCUUCUUUACUCACCUCACCGGUGUGCCACCCGCGACAGCUGGAAUGCUCAAUCCUGCUGAUCACUAGGGUCUUAUCACAAUCGCCACAUGGAUAGUGUGUUCUGACAACACACAUUCAUUUGAUCAAGGGUAGUUAUGGCAGCCGCCGUGAGCUCUGCGAUCACGACCACUACUCCUGGUACCCCCGAACCCCUCUUCACCAAGAAACAACCGGAUGUGGAAGACACAACAGCAUGUUCCAACGAGAAGCAGGACUCAACUAUUUCUCAGCCAACAGUUGAUCCGGAAGCGGGGCAGCUAGAUGCCGACGGCCAGAACCUAGCCGUCGCUUUUGCAAACAUCUCUGUAUCGCGAAGAGUAGGUAUCAUAGCUACACUAUCCAGUUUAUACGUUAUCAAUACUUUUGGCACGGGUAUUCUCGUAGGAUCUCUUCCACGCGUAGCUGCCGAUGUCAACCUCACCGAAGCUCUAAUCCUCUGGCCUGUCGCCGUUUACAACCUCGCCGCAGGAUGUCUCCUCCUCAUUUUCGGAGCCGUGGCAGACAUAAUCGGUACAAAGUUCAUGUGGGUGACUGGUACCUACCUCUAUGUCGUCUUUACUCUGGCAGUCGGGUUCUCGCAAACUGGCAUUCAAAUCAUCCUCUUUCGCACGUUCCAGGGCGCUUCCAUUGCGAUCAGUCUCCCGACUACCGUUAGUCUCAUCACCAAUACGUUCCCCAAAGGACACUGGCGUAAUGUAGCGUUUGCGAUGGUUGGUAUUGGCUCUCCGCUGGGUUUCGCAUUAGGUCUUGUGCUCGGCGGUAUCUUCACCGAUACGGUGGGGUGGAGAUGGGCGUACUAUAUCACUGCCAUCAUCAACUUCCUCAUCUCGACUUCAGCGGUAUGGGUACUUCCAAAGAUCGAGCACGCAUAUCACUCUGAUUCACGAAUGCGUCGGCUCACCCGGGAUAUCGACUGGGCCGGUGCAUUCAUAAUCAGUGCUGGUCUUGGCUUGCUUCUCUACGUCCUCGCUGCCAUUUCCUCGGAUUUGCGCAUUCAGGAUCCCCAGGCCAUCGUGCUGUUGAUAUUGUCUGUUGCUUUGAUUUUGUUGUUCCCCGUAUGGAUGAACUACCAAACAAAACGGAACAAGCCAGCACUCAUCCCCAACCGACUCUGGCGCAAUGCAAUGUUUAGUUCCAUAUGCGCAUGUGUCUUUCUCAGCUGGGCAUCUAUGAACUGCAUUCAAUACCUCACCACACUUUAUUUCCAACAGAUCGAGAAAACGUCUGCACUCCAGAGCUCGCUUCGCUUCAUCCCGCACAUCUGCGCAGGGAUCUUCAUCAAUGUACUUACAGGAUAUCUCGUCUCGCGGGUGCACAUUCAGAAACUCGCCGUGGUAUCCGCGUUUGUGACGGUCGGCUCUCCUGCACUACUCGCUACGAUGCCAAUCGGUACCAACUACUGGUUCGCGCCCUUUUGGGCAUUGGUUCUCUCUCCAAUAAGUCCAGAUACCCUCUUCACUGUCUCCAAUCUCGUCAUUUCCGACGCGUUUCCAGAUCACCUACAAUCGCUCGCCGGCGGCGUCUUUAGCGAGAUCGGACAGUUCGGAAACUCAGUAGGCUUAGCGGUCAUCGCGGUCAUAGCGCGGUCCGUAUCAGAGAGUUCGGGCGCGACGCCUCACGAAGUGUGGUUGAUGGUUGGGUUUCGAGCAGCGUAUUGGACGGUGUUUGCGGGUUGUGUUGUCGUUAUUCCUCUGUGCUUUUUCGGGCUUAGGAAAGGGGGUACUAUUGGAAAGAAAGCCCCGGCCGGGGGUGCAGGAUGA